UGCCGCCGCCGCCAUCUUGGUAGUGGAAAGCCAUGACAGUGAUGCCCGGAAGGGAUAUGAGCAAGCUUCCUCUCAGUGCGGACCGCUAGAGAGAAGUAUAACGGGGAUGUGCCGGGGCUGAGGACAAGCAUUGUGUUCGUUCGGGAGCGGCCACAGACAGAGGGAAACAUGUCGGCCAGCGCCGUCUACGUGCUGGACCUGAAGGGGAAGGUCCUCAUAUGUCGGAAUUAUCGUGGAGAUGUCGAUAUGUCUGAAGUUGAGCACUUCAUGCCAAUCCUAAUGGAAAAGGAAGAGGAAGGGGCACUUUCACCAAUACUUGCUCAUGGAGGAGUCCGAUUCAUGUGGAUUAAACACAAUAAUUUAUAUUUGGUUGCUACAUCCAAAAAGAAUGCUUGCGUGUCACUGGUGUUCUCCUUCCUCUACAAAGUUGUCCAGGUAUUUUCUGAAUAUUUCAAAGAAUUAGAAGAAGAAAGUAUACGUGAUAAUUUUGUCAUUAUAUAUGAGUUGUUAGAUGAGUUAAUGGAUUUUGGCUAUCCUCAAACCACAGACAGCAAAAUAUUACAAGAGUAUAUUACACAGGAAGGACACAAGCUUGAAACUGGAGCACCUCGUCCUCCUGCCACAGUAACCAAUGCUGUGUCUUGGAGGUCAGAAGGGAUAAAAUAUAGGAAGAAUGAAGUUUUUCUGGAUGUGAUAGAGUCUGUUAACCUUCUUGUGAGCGCAAAUGGAAAUGUCUUGCGCAGUGAAAUAGUUGGAUCUAUCAAAAUGAGGGUGUUUCUUUCGGGAAUGCCUGAAUUACGCCUUGGAUUAAAUGAUAAAGUUCUCUUUGAAAAUACAGGUCGUGGGAAGAGCAAGUCUGUGGAGCUUGAAGAUGUCAAGUUUCACCAGUGUGUGCGCCUAUCCAGAUUUGAAAAUGACAGGACUAUAUCCUUCAUACCUCCAGAUGGAGAGUUUGAACUCAUGUCUUACCGCUUGAACACUCAUGUGAAACCACUUAUCUGGAUUGAAUCUGUUAUAGAAAAACAUUCCCAUAGUCGCAUUGAAUACAUGAUCAAGGCCAAAAGUCAGUUCAAAAGAAGAUCCACUGCCAACAAUGUGGAGAUUCACAUUCCAGUUCCAAAUGAUGCUGAUUCUCCCAAGUUCAAGACUACAGUUGGGAGUGUGAAGUGGGUUCCAGAAAACAGCGAGAUAGUUUGGUCUAUAAAGUCUUUUCCAGGUGGAAAGGAAUAUCUCAUGAGAGCACACUUUGGGCUCCCUAGUGUUGAAGCAGAAGACAAAGAAGGAAAGCCCCCCAUAAGUGUCAAGUUUGAAAUCCCUUAUUUUACCACUUCUGGAAUCCAGGUUCGUUACUUAAAAAUUAUUGAGAAGAGCGGCUACCAGGCCUUGCCAUGGGUGCGAUAUAUAACCCAGAAUGGAGACUAUCAACUUCGAACACAGUAAAGAAGUGGCCAUCUUUGUAUUUUUUAGUAGUUAUUUCUUAUUUGAAAAAUCAGUUAGCUAUGCGUGGAUCAAGGAAAGUAUGUACUGAAGGUCACAAGCUCCAGUA